CCUCUCAUACCCAGGACACUACCAGAACUUCUCUGACCCUUCUACAAUUGUCCAAAACUAAAAGCACCCAACACACAACCCUCUCCAAAUUCACUGCCACCGCCCUCCUUUUCUCCAUCAGCAUCAUCUAACCAAACCGGCCGUACAACAAAAACCCCCAAUCCUAAUUCUUUAGACUCAAAAACCAAGUUUGUGAAAUGGCUUUGGCGCGUUUGGCUUUGAAAAACUUGCACCAGAGGGUGCUUUCUCCAGCUUCUUUUUCUGCUGCUUCUGUGCUGGGGCAUGGUGUUAAUGAGAGGACUGUUGAUGAGAGCAGAGGCAGAGUUGGCAAUGAGAUUGUGAAGAGAUUUAGUACAGAAGCUAAUGAGAAGGUGUCUGGUGAGAAAUCAGAGAACAAAGAUGUUGCUGUUUCUCAAGGUAAAAGGUCUAGGUUGUUCCCUAGAAGGCAACGUAGGAGGGGACUUUGGAGGGACAGUGACAGAAACUUCGUUCCUGCCCUUUAUGAAUUCUUUCCCUCGGGCCUUGGAAAUGCACUGUUGCAAGCAACAGAGAACAUAAACAGGCUGCUAGACAACCUCAACAUAUCACCAUGGUCACUCUCCGGGCGUGUGAAAGAGCAAAGUGACAGCUACAAACUGCAGUACGAUGUGCCAGGGCUUGCGAAGGAGGAUGUGAAGAUCAUUGUUCAUGAUGGGUUUUUGGAAAUCAAAGGAGAGUGCAAAGAAGAGGAGGAAGAAGGAUUGGAGGGUUGGAGAUAUGGCUACUAUGACACCAUUCUCCAGCUGCCUGAUGAUGCCAAAGUCGAUGAUAUAAAGGCAGAGCUGAAGGAUGGGGUUCUGACCAUCACUAUUCCUAGAACUGAGAAGCCAAAGAAGGAUGUGAAGGAGGUGAAUGUACAAUGAUGAGAAUCUGAUCGAUCUUUUGAGGCUCUAUAUAUUAAUGUGUGUGUUUAUGUAUGUAUUUGUUCAUCUUGAGAUGGAUGUUGAUCUUUUCAUGUGAACGAAAUCUAAUGUUUAAAUAUGAGAGAUGAAUAAAAUUGUGUGUGUUGCAUUUCUUUUCGA